AUUUUGUCCCGCCUUAUCCACAUCCCGAAACCACCACCAGCUCCUCCGCUUCCAUCGUUCUUCCACCAACGCCUAGAUUCAUCGGAACCGUACCCUCAUCCCCUCCCCACCGCAUGGCCGCGGCGCUCGCCUCCUCCCGCUGCUGCCGCCGCCCUUCGCUUCUUACCACUGAUCGCCGCCGAAGCUCCGUCGCCCGGUGUGCGCUCUCCGGCGGGAAAGGAAACUCAUUUAGCUGGAAAGAAUGUGCAAUUUCUGUAGCAUUGUCUGUUGGAUUAAUUAGUGUCCCACCAACAUUUGGAUGGUCGGCCCAUGCAUAUCCUCUCGAACCUGUAAUUCCUGAUAUUUCAGUUCUUAUUUCUGGACCUCCCAUUAAAGAUCCAGGUGCUUUGUUGAGAUAUGCUUUGCCCAUAGAUAAUAAAGCUAUUCGUGAAGUUCAAAAACCGCUAGAGGAUAUUACCGAUAGUCUCAAAGUUUCUGGUGUUAGAGCGUUGGAUUCAGUUGAAAGAAAUGUGAGGCAGGCCUCAAGAGCGCUGACUAAUGGGAGGAGUUUAAUACUUUCGGGUCUUGCUGAAUCAAAGAGAGCAAACGGAGAAAAAACAUUGGAUAAAUUAGCUGUUGGACUUGAAGAGCUUCAACGAAUUAUUGAGGAUAGAAACAGGAAUGCGGUAGCUCCAAAGCAGAAAGAGCUUCUCAAUUAUGUUGGAACUGUAGAAGAAGAUAUGGUCGAUGGCUUCCCCUAUGAAGUACCAGAAGAAUACAACAACAUGCCUCUUCUUAAAGGAAGAGCUACUGUGGAUAUGACGGUUAAGAUUAAAGAUAAUCCAAACGUAGAAGAUUGUGUAUUUCGGAUAGUUCUGGAUGGAUAUAAUGCUCCUGUGACUUCUGGGAACUUCGUAGAUCUGGUGGAACGGAAGUUCUAUGAUGGCAUGGAAAUCCAAAGAGCUGAUGGUUUUGUUGUUCAGACGGGAGAUCCCGAGGGACCAGCCGAGGGUUUUAUUGAUCCCGGUACUGGCAAGAGUCGUACCAUACCUCUUGAGAUAAUGGUUGAUGGUGACAAGGCGCCUAUAUAUGGCGAAACACUUGAGGAACUUGGUCUUUACAAGGCUCAAACAAAGCUUCCUUUUAAUGCAUUUGGAACGAUGGCAAUGGCUAGAGAACUCACAUAUAUAAUGGAGUGGACGGAAUUCGACCGCGCCACCAAACACACCUACUUGAACACCUGUUACCACUGCGCCAAGGAAUUUGAUGACAACUCCGCUUCUAGUCAAGUCUUCUGGCUCUUGAAAGAAAGUGAGCUGACGCCAAGCAAUUCCAAUAUAUUGGAUGGGCGGUAUUCGGUGUUUGGAUAUGUAACCGAGAAUGAGGAUUUCUUGGCUGAUCUCAAGGUUGGGGACGUUAUUGAAUCAAUCCAGGUUGUCUCAGGCCUAGACAAUCUUGUCAACCCGAGCUACAAGAUUUUAGGGUAGCAUGUUUCUGUAUAUAAGAGUUCUUUGACAGGCAAUUGUUCUACGGUAUUAAAACCGAUGUCAUGCGCUGCAACUUCUAACCUUGUACAAUUGUUUUGUUUCCCUUUUUAUGCUUAUGGUUUGGCAUUCUGUGGAAUUCAACAGAUAAUAGAAAGAUCAAAGUUAUUUACCA